UUUGGUUUAGUAGAGCUUCAAACACCAUUUUUCCCUCCAUCUCUUUCUCUUUGUCUUUCUCCACUCUUGGAAAAUCACCUAAGAAAGAAAAUAAUAAUGAAUAUGAAUAGCAUAAUUAUGACAUUGUCAUUAAUCCUAAUGAUCCUCAACCUAACCAAAGUUACAAGUGGAGAAAGUAGAAUUGAAAGAAGCAGCAACUACUACAAUGUUGUAACCCUUGGGGCUAAACCCGACUCGAUGACAGACUCGUCAAGGGCUUUAAAGGUGGCUUGGAACUCGGCCUGUGGUUCGACAGGCCGAUCCACCAUUUUUAUUCCUCAAGGACGGUUCUUGAUCCGUUCAGCCCUAAAAUUUUCAGGGAAGGGUUGUAAAAGUGGUGGGAUCACGUUCAUGAUUAAGGGGACUCUAGUGGCUCCAACUGAUUUUCGUGUGCUUGGGAAAUCGAAGACUUGGGUGGCGUUCGAGGACGUAUAUGGUGUUACGAUCUCCGGUGGAGUGUUCGACGGUGAAGGAGCUGGGUUGUGGGCGUGUAAGCGGUCUGGGAAUGGCGGUUGCCCUCAAGGUAUCACGACUUUACGCUUCUCAAACUCAAUGAACGUUGUAAUAAAUGGUGUAACUUCACUAAAUAGUCAAUUAUACCACAUGGUUUUCAAUGGGUGUAAGAACGUGAAAGUACAAGGAGUUAAGAUCUCUGCUUCAGGUGAUAGCCCUAACACCGAUGGCAUUCAUGUACAAAAGUCAACUGGUGUCACAAUUUUGAGUUCACACAUUGCUACUGGUGAUGAUUGUAUCUCGAUUGGUGAUGGAACUACUAAUUUGUGGAUUCAAGAAAUUGCUUGUGGCCCAGGCCAUGGAAUUAGUAUUGGAAGCUUAGGAAAAGAUUUACACGAGGCAGGAGUUCAAAAUGUAACAGUUAAAACGGCCACUUUUACUAAUACGCAAAAUGGAGUGAGAAUAAAAUCUUGGGGAAGACCAAGUAGUGGGUUUGUUAGAAAUGUUAACUUCCAACACCUCACAAUGGUGAAUGCUCAGAAUCCUAUCAUCAUUGACCAAAAAUAUUGCCCUAAUCAUAAAGGUUGUCCUGGACAGGCUUCAGGAGUGAGAAUCAAUGAUGUGACAUACAAAGAUAUCCGGGGAUCAUCAGCUACACCAGUUGCAGUGAACUUUGAUUGUAGCUCCAAGAAUCAUUGUUCGGGCAUAAAAAUGGAGGAUAUAAGCCUCACUUACAACAACAAAUCAGCGUCUUCAUCUUGCACCAAUACAGCUGGGUCAACUUUUGGUGUAGUUCAGCCUAAAAGUUGCUUGUGAGACUAUCAAAAUUGUUGACCGACAUUUUGUCAAACUUCUCUUAAAGUUUUAAAGUAGCAGUUUUCACACACAAUUGAAUUACAGUUUUACACAAUGUUUUUUCCUUUUUUGGGAGGAAGAGGGUAUUUAUAAUGUGCAUGGUGCCAAACCCUUUAGUGCGUGUUUGGGUGCAUGCUAUAGAGAAAUUAGGUACAAUUCAGUAGUAUAUUUGUUUAUUGGAUCCCUCGUCCCCUUUCUUUUUGUUCUAUAUGCUUCUUUGUUAUUA